AUGAAAAGAAGAAAAAAAAGAAAAUUAAAGGCGAAAAAAGGCAUAAAAAAAUCAGACCUUUCUUUUUCUUUUUCUGAUUCUCUUUCAUCAACAUCAAGUUCAACUUCAAGUUCAGUUUUAUCUCAAUCAAAUGAUUUUAAUAAGAAAUUAUUAAAAAAAAAAGGGAAAAAAAUUUCUAAUGGAAAAACUACUUCUAAAAUAUCAGAUUUAUCAACUACUACAGAAAGUGCCUCAUUAAGUGUAUCAGCAGAAUUACAGCCAAGUAGACGAAAAAUAAAUUUGUAUUUAAAUUUUAUUGUUAAAUCAUCAAGUAAUAUAAUAGUUUUACAAGAAGUAAAUUAUCAUAAAAUGAACAUAAAUAUUGGUUUAUGUCCUUACAUUAACUGGGUAUCAAAAAAAGGACCAGUAAAAUUUAUACCAGAAGAUCAUAUAAAAGAUAAUGGAUAUUUUGAAUCAUCCAAUGGAAAUGCUCAUAUUUUACCUACAUUAGGAUCAUUAAAUUUUGUUAAAUAUAAUCAACAUAAAAAAAUGUUUUAUCAAUUUAUUCAAAAAAAAGACUUUGAUAAAAAGCAAGAAUUAAAAUGUUUAUCAAAAGUCGAAGAUGAAAAUAAAGACCAUCUUGAUGAAUUUUAUUCUAAAGCUGCUGAAUUUACUAUAAUAAAUUUUAACAAUAAAAUAAAUAUUUCUAAAAAAAUAUCAAAUGAAAUAAUUUUUAAUAGUUUUAAAAUGGACAAUUUUGGAGCAUACAUUUGUAAGGAUUCUAACUACACCAAAUUUUACAAUAAAAAUAUCAUAUCACUUGAAAAAAUUUAUUUUAUACCCGAAAAUGGGACUGAAAUAAUUUUAAAUGAUGUUAAAUUAGAAGGAAAUAUAAGUCAAUACGCUGGAUGCCAACGAUCAUAUAAACCAUUUUCUAGUACAAUCAAAAUUAAAAUAGACUUUAUGGAAAACAAUAAAUCUUCUACAGUUAUUGGUAAAUUUCCUACAUUAUCAGAAGGUAUAGAAAUUGAAAAUAAUCAAGUAAUUUAUAAGGACUAUGGUAAUAUAACUAAUAUAACAAUUCAAUGUGAAUACGAAACAGUUUUUAGUACUAUUUUUUCUACAAAACAAAAUUUUAUAUUUUUUAAUAGAGAAUUUAUCAGAUACAAAACUAAAGUUGUAAAAGAUUCUAAUAAUUCAAAAACUAUAGUUGAUACAACAUCAAAUUCAAUGUUAUGGAUAAUAGCAUUUGUUUUAAUUGUUAUAUUUUUCUGUACAGUAAUUGUUAUUAUUGUAGUAGUAAUGAAAAAAAGAAAAAAAAGAAAAUUAAAGGCAAAAAAAGAUAUUAAUAAAUCAGAUCUUUCUUUAUCGGAUUCUCUUUCAUCAACAUCUAGUUCAACUUCAAGUUCAAUUUUGUCUCAAAGUAAGAACUUUUUAAAGAAAAAGGGGAAAAAAAAUUCUAAUGAAAAAAUUACUUCUACAUUAUCGGAUUUAUCAACUACUACAGAAAGUGGAUCAUUAUUAAGUGUAUCGUCAAGUAAUGAUCAAAAAAAAGGAGGAAAAAAUUUUUCUAAAUAUAAUAAAUUUAGAAUUACAGCCAAGUAG